AUGAUGCCACACAAUGACUAUGUUGCUAAAUACGUUGACCUAGUGUGCCAGGAGGAUGAUAUGGUGCCUUGCAACGACUCCAGAGGCUGUUACCCUCUCUCCGGGAAAUGUGACGGCCUGAUACAAUGUAACGAUGGAUCGGACGAGCUUCAGUGUUCGUGUUUUGAACGCAUGUAUUCUGCAGGCAAACAUUGCGAUUCGUAUCCAGACUGUCCAGAUUUCUCUGAUGAACGUGGCUGUGAUGGUUGUUCUCCUGGGGAGCUGAGUUGUAAGGAGAAUGGGACUAUCACAUGUGUACCAGAAUCAGCUGUAUGCGAUGGACGUUCAGACUGUGCUGAUAAUUCUGAUGAAAAGCUAUGCUCAAGGCUCUCACAGUGGCAAGUUGGUACUUCUUUUCGUCAUUUUAAAACAACCAAACUCAAAAAACCUUUUUGCAUCCCCCUCAGCAAACCUUUUUACCCUUUAUCCCUGGGGGGCCAAAUAAUUGGUGACGGAGAAGUGGACCAGGACUCCCAAUAUGAAUUUAGGGGGCCCCCGGGAAGGGGGGAGUGGGCCUAG